AUGGGUGUGCUGCAGAACUUGCGCCUGUGGGAGAACAAUGUCACCCAGAUCAACGAGUAUGGCGAGAAGGUCACCACCAAAGUGCCUCGACGCAUGCCGCCGAAUCCCUGGAGGAUUCUUCGUUUGCUCUCGGCUAAGUCGUAUGGAUACUUUUUCAUUGGAAUAGCUGCCUGGACAGCCGAUGGAUACGACUUCAACUCGGUGAAUCUCGUCACGACGCAGCUGUCCGCCAAAUACGGCGCAUCGCUGCCCCAAAUCACCCUCUCCAUCACGCUAACGCUGCUCUUCCGUCCGCUGGGCGCCAUGCUACUGGGCAUGGCCUCGGACAUGUGGGGACGCAAGUGGCCGCUGGCCAUCAACAUGUGGAUUCUCGCCGUGCUGCAAAUCGGCACCGCCUACGCGAACACCUACGCUGCCUUCAUCGGCGUGCGUGCGCUCUUUGGCAUCGCCAUGGGUGGGGUUUGGGGUCUGGCCGCCGCCAUGGCUAUGGAGAACAUGCCCACCGAGGCUCGCGGCUUGUUCUCUGGGAUCCUCCAGCAGGGAUACUCCAUCGGAUAUCUCUUGGCAGCGGUCGUGAAUAUCACCGCCGUUCCGAAUACCAGCGAGGGAUAUAAGGCCAUUUUCCACGUCGGGGCGGGGCUUUCUGCCCUCGUGGGGUUGAUUCAGAUCUUUGUGCCCGAGUCAAAUAUCUUUGUCGACGAGGGUGAUGAGCCAAGGGUGUCUCAGGCUGUGCGGAUUAGGAUGUUCGUCAAGGAUCUGAGGUUGGUGUGUAAGCAGUACUGGCGCAUGUUCUUGUAUUGCAUCUUGCUGUGUACUGCCUUUAAUUGGAUGUCCCAUGGUGCCCAGGAUAUGUACAGCACGUAUAUGAAGUUGGGCAAGGGUUUUAACAACACAGACGCCUCUCGCGCAACGAUCGUCGGCCAAGUCGGCGCCGUAGUCGGCGGCACCAUCUGCGGAUACUACUCGCAGUUUUUAGGCCGUCGACUAACGGUGGUGCUGGCCUGCUGCUUUGGACUGGCGAUCAUCCCUCUCUGGUCGCUGCCCACGGCCUGGGGCCCAUUGGCUGCGGGUAACUUCUUCCUGCAAUCGGCCGUCAAUGGCGCAUGGGGCGUGAUGCCGGUGCUGCUGAACGAAUACGCGCCGCCGCAAUUCCGCGGCGCUUUUCCGGGAACCGUUUAUCAGAUCGGAAACAUGAUCUCCGCCCCGGCAGCAGAGAUCCAGACCCAUGCUGCCACCGCGUGGAUCAAGGAUGGGAGACCAAACUAUGGCCAGGUCAUGACGAUCACCCUGUGCAUUGUCUUUGGCUUGGUGGCGGUCAUCACGGCGUGCGGGCAGGAGAGACUCGGUAGUCACUUUGAGCUGGUGAAACGAGCGGGUGCCGAGGAGAAUAUCGUGCGCGAGAUGGCGGAGAUGGGUAUGGUGAAGGAGGACUUGGGGGGUGCGAAGCAUGUGGAGGUUGUGGGAGACAAGGUGUAA